GUACGUAUCAAGCUAAACAAUGCAUUCAUUUAUUGCCCUAGAGCGCAUUUAUGAAAGGGUUUCGACGAAAGUCUUUCUAUUGCAAGCUCCGGCCUUUCACAGUCACUCCUUUUCGAGUCUGACGCAUCUUCGCAGGAAGUCCUCCAACAUCUAGGAGACGGCCGCGCAGUCCAAUACGCUGUGAACGCCUACUUUAGCACAAUCCACACCUGGCUACCCAUCGUCUCCAAGAAGCGCAUGAACAUGGGCGUGGCCCUUAGCCAGGGCGGCCCGGACCUGGCCAUGCUCUUCCUCGCCAUGAAGCUUAUAGCCACCCGCCCGACAGAUGUCCUCGCGGGUUCCCAGCACAUGGCAAUCUACCGCGCCGCGAAACGCUUCAUGUCCCAGCUGGAGCAAAGCGGCGCCACCUCUGUCAUGGUUCUGCAAUCCAUGGCACUCAUCUCCUAUUUUGAGUACGCGCACGCCAUAUACCCAGCUGCGUGGAUCACCGUCGCCGCGUGCGUGCGGUAUGCCGAUUUCCUCGGUUUGCCUGGGUUUCACGAGGGGAACGUCAUUUUGGCUUCGCCUACAACGUGGACGGAGCUCGAAGAGCGCUCGCGGACAUGGUGGGCCAUCAUCAGCCUCGAUCGCAUCAUCUGCCUCGGCAACAAGAAGCGCUACCUCUCCCCCGAGCCGCAAGACAACGAAACGUACCCCGUAGACGACGAGGCAUGGGACGAAGGCCGCGUCGGCCGCGCAGCCCACCAUAACAUCACCUCCCCGCCGCCCUCCCCGCUCUCCCCCUUCUCCUCCCUCUGCCGCUCCGCCCUCAUCGCCGGCAAAAUCAUAACCCACGUCCGUAAAGCCACCUCAGACCGUAAACAGAACCCGCUCGCCUCGCCCGCCGACGCCAUCGCCGAGGCGAACGCCCUGUCAAAAACGCUGUUCUCUACUCUGGAGUACUUGCAAAAGUCCCCCGCGGACGAGAGGCCGCUGCCGCUGUCGCUGCCCCUACCCCUCCUGGCGCCGCGGUGUGUGCUACUCUCCGCUGCAGUCCUCUUGCAUGACUUUUACUGCUGCCCCGCCUGUCCCGACGGGCGGCUGAAAAGCCCCGAAGAGACGGCGCAGCAGGCGCGUUCUGUCGACGUCUUGUUGAAGAUCAGCAAGGAUAUCGCUGUGCUGUCGGAGGAGCUGCUGCUGCAUUUCUCGCGAACGGAAAGGGAUGGUGAUGAUGACAUGAACAUGAACGAUAACGGUCAUCAUAACCACCGUGAGGGGCAAAGCGGUGGCAGCGAUAUCGGAAGCGUGAGCCCGCUGAUUCUGGACGCGCUCUACGGUGCCGCUAAUACCCUCGCCUGGCUGCUCAGGGAGGAAGGGACGCCCGAGUGCGAGGACCAGAUGAACGUCAUCAAGCGGUGCUUGGAGAGGCUUGGCUCGCGGUGGAGGUUGGCGGGGGAAUACGGGCGGAUGCUGGAGCAGCAGGAUUUUGCGAUGAUGAUGCAGGAUAAGGGGCACUCGACAUUGCGGAUCAUUUGACUCUGACGUAACUGAAAAGGCGGUCACAGGAUAUUGGAACGUCAAGCUCUGGGACAGAGACGUUUCGACCUUUGGGUGAGAUUUCUCCUCCUUGUUGGGUCUUGUUGGUAUUCCUAUCACAGGAAUUGGUUCGAACCGUGGGUGACGAAGAGGUCAAAAUCGAUAUAUAUUUAACUUCUGCGUGAGGUGUAAAAGGGAGGUUCCAACCGUAGGUUGGGUAGACAGUGGAUCUCGU